CCGAGCUGUCAGAAGUCUUUGGAGGAAAAGAUUGAUGAUUUCUCUCUUCUUUUCGCGUUGGGUGGACCCGGGGCGCUCUAAAGAGGGCAAAGAAAGGGGAGAGGGAGGGAGAGAAAAAAAAAUCUUGGGAAAUGACAUUUUAAUUUUAUUUAUUUAUUUUGUAAACUCUGGAAGUGGCGCUGCUUGUGGGAGAAGGAAGAGAUGCGAUUUCAAAGAUAUCCGUGACCUUAAAACGCGUUUGGCCUUUGAGGAGAGUGCAAAGCGUCCAUUAAGCCUGGCUUGGGAAGGAGGAGGAUUAAGCUGCUCUUUAAAAGCCCCGCCUGCCAUUGGCCGCGGCCGCACACGUGACGGGGAAUUGGCUGCGAUUUCCAGCCCCGAGUUUAGCGGAGCAGGGUCCCCUCCGCCCGUAUGAUCGGCAAAAUAACAAUUAUAAAAGGCCCGAGCACCGUCAUCAUCCCUCCAUCAAAAACCCGGGCCCGCGGAUUCCUCUCCCUCUCCCCCUCCUCUUCCUCCUCCUCCCUCUCCCCCGCCUCCCUCCCGCUUUUUAAACCCCGGGCCCUGGAAAAGCCAUGAAUUUUGAAUUUGAGAGGGAGAUCGGGUUUAUAAAUAGCCAGCCUUCGCUCGCCGAGUGCCUGACGUCUCUGCCCGCUGUCCUGGAGACGUUUCAAACUUCAUCAAUCAAGGACUCGACGUUAAUUCCUCCUCCCUUCGAGCACAGCGUCCUGCAGAGCCUGAGCCCCUGCUCCGGCAGCCGGGAGAGACCGAGGAGCCAAAAUCGAGCACCCCAUGGGCCGCUGCAGCCGCAGCCCUCGGCCGCGGAGUUCCCCUGGAUGAAGGAGAAGAAAUCGUCCAAAAAAUCCGCCCAGGUUCCGUCCUCUUCGUCCCCACCCUCAUCAUCCUCCUCGCUGCCGCUGCCCUCCGCAGGAUCUCCCGCAGCCGCGCCGGGGCUGGCGGAGGGCUGCGGCUCCCGCAGGCUCCGCACCGCCUACACCAACACGCAGCUGCUGGAGCUGGAGAAGGAAUUCCACUUCAACAAAUACCUGUGCAGGCCCCGGCGAGUGGAGAUCGCGGCGCUGCUGGACCUCACCGAGCGCCAGGUGAAGGUUUGGUUCCAGAACCGCCGCAUGAAGCACAAGAGGCAGAGCCAGCACAAGGAACCCGCGGACGGGGAGCUGCCCACGGCCGGCCCGGAGGAGAGCAGCGAGCCCGAGGGCAGCCCGGCCUUGGGGACCGAGCUCCGGGGCCCCGGAGCGGCGCCGGGGGAGGGAUGCGCGUCCCCGGAGCUGGGGCUGUUCGAGGCCGAGCCGUGCCUGGAGUUUCCCCAGGGGUUUUCCCCGGCUCUUCCCGGCUCCAUGGAGAGCCCCCUGCGCUUCUCCGAGGAGGAGCUGGAGCUCUUCAGCAGCGCGCUCUGUACCAUGGACCUGCAGCACCUGGGAGUGCAGUAGCGGGGGCUGCUGGCUGCCGGCAUCCCCGAAAAUCGGCCCCGAAGGAAGGGGGAACCCCCAAAAUCUGUCCUAAAACAAGGGGGAACCCCAAAAAAACUGUCCUAAAACAAGGGGGAACCCCCAAAAUCGGCCCUGAAAGAAGGGGGAACCCAAAAAAUCUGUGCUAAAACAAGGGGGAACCCCACAAAAUCUGCCCUGAAAGAAGGGGGAACCCCCAAAAUCUGUGCUAAAACAAGGGGGAACCCCACAAAAAUCUGUCCUAAAACAAGGGGGAACCCAAAAAAUCGGCCCUGAAAGAAGGGAGAACCCCCAAAGUCUGUGCUAAAACAAGGGGGGACCCCAAAAAAUCUGUGCUAAAACAAGGGGGAACCCCAAAAAGUCUGUGCUAAAACAAGGGGGAACCCCACAAAAUCGGCCCUGAAACAAAGGGAAACCCCCAAAAUCGGCCCCGAAAGAAGGGGGAACCCCACAAAAUCUGUCCUAAAACAAGGGGGAACCCCCCAAAAUCGGCCCUGAAACAAAGGGAAACCCCCAAAAUCGGCCCCGAAAGAAGGGGGACCCCACAAAAGCGGCCCUGAAACAAGGGGGAACCCCACAAAAUCUGUCCUAAAACAAGGGGGAACCCCACAAAAUCGGCCCUGAAACAAAGGGGGAACCCUCCCCCAAAAGCAGCCCUAAAAGAAGGGAACCUACUCCAAAAUCUGCCCUGAAAGAAGGGGAACCCCCCCAAAUCUGCCCUAAAAGAAGGGAAUCUACCCCAAAAUCUGCCCUGAAAGGCGGGAAAUACCCCCUCCCAUCCCACCCAGAGAUUUGGGGCUGCCAACCCCAGCCCAGCCACUGCCAGCACCCCAAAAUCUGUGCUCAGAGAAGGAGAAACUCCCCCAAAUUUGCCCAAAAAAAAAGGAGGAACCCCCCAAAAUCUGCCCUAAAAGAAGCGGGAACCCCCUAAAAUCUGCCCUAAAAGAAAGGGGAACCCCCUAAAAUCUGCCCUAAAAGAAGCGGGAACCCCCCAAAAUCUGCCCCAAAAGAAGAGGGA